CAGUUUCCAGCUGGGCUCGUGAACCCGGCCGUUAGUCCGUCAGUCAGUCUGUCCGUCGGUCCGCUCCUCAGUCUGUCGGUGCGGAGGCAGUUGGGUCUGCUGUCUCCCCCUCUGAGCUCCGCGUCCCGCCGUCUGUCAGUCUGUACGCCUCGGUCCGUUAGGUUCACCCGCUUCUCCAUCCGAACUCCGGCUCAGAGUUUGUUCGGUGCCCGGUUCCAGUCGGUUCUCCUCCGGUAGCCGGCCGCCGGUGUGUGGCUCCUGGAGCCGCUCUUUGACACUUUUCCCACCUUUAUCCCCGGUUCUCUGUUGAUUCUUCGGGUUUUUCUUCAUUCUUUCCCCGGUAACCACUCAAAUAUGGGCUGGAGGGUCUUGGUCCCGGUUCUGCUGUCAGUCAUCGGUGUUCAGUUCACGGCGGGAGUCCCGGACGGACCGGACGUACAAGUAAUUGACGUGUUGAGCCUUCAGGAUUCAAAGCAGAGCGUUGCAGCUAUAGAGAAGCUCUCAGGUGGUCUGAGCACACUCAGUGAUGUGUACGUGGUGUCAACGUUCCGGCUACCAGCGAAGCUGGGCGGAGUCUUGGUGGGUCUCUACAGUAAACAGGACAACAAGAAGUACCUGGAGCUUGCUGUCAUGGGGAAAAUCAACAAAGUGCUGGUUCGUUACGUCCGAGCUGAUGGGAAGCUCCAUACUGUGAACUUGCAAAACGCUAACUUGGCUGAUGGGCGGAGCCAUUCUAUCAUCCUGCGGCUCGGCGGCCUUCAUCGUGAACAAAUGCAGAUGGAGCUGUAUGUUGACUGUCGAUUGGCUGACUCCAGCCAGGGUCUUCCACCGUUGGUCCCUCUGCCCAGAGAGGCAGACAUGGUGGAGAUUCGACAUGGGCAGAAGGCCUAUGCACGACUGCAGGGUGCAGUGGAUUCCCUCAGAAUGGUUCUAGGGGGCAGUGUUGCUAAAGCUGGAGCUCUGACUGACUGUCCAUUCCAGGGAGACGCAUCAUCCUCCAACAUAGUGAAUGGCGAGGUCAACUCCAUCCUGGGUGAUCACACUAAAGCUCUGAUUGGUCAGCUCAUCAUCUUCAAUCAGAUCCUGGGUGAGCUUCGACAGGACAUUAGAGAACAAGUGAAGGAAAUGUCUCUGAUCCGAAACACCAUCCUGGAGUGUCAGGUUUGUGGUUUCCAUGAGCCUCGUUCCCGCUGCACUCCGAAUCCCUGCUAUAAGGGUGUGACCUGUAUGGACAGUCUGCAGUAUCCUGGAUACACCUGUGGACCCUGUCCACCUGGGACCACUGGCAACGGGACGCACUGCCAGGACAUUGACGAGUGUGAGCUGCAGCCCUGUUACUCCCCUGAAGCUUGUGUGAACACUUUGGGCGGGUUCAACUGUAAACCAUGUCCUCCGGGACUAUGGGGGGCACCGCUGUCUGGAACUGGCCUCGAAUACGCCAAGACACACAGACAGGAGUGUGCAGAUAUUGAUGAGUGUGUGGAUUUACCAGACGCCUGUGUAUCAAACUCUGUCUGCAUCAACACUGUGGGCUCAUAUAAAUGCGGAGGCUGUAAACCAGGUUUCCUAGGUAACCAGACUGCAGGCUGCUUCCCCAGAAAGUCGUGUGCGGCAUUGACCUUUAACCCCUGUGACAACAAUGCCCACUGUGCCAUGGAGAGGAAUGGAGAGGUUUCCUGUGUAUGUAACGUGGGCUGGGCUGGUAACGGGAAUACAUGUGGCUUUGACACAGACAUCGAUGGUUACCCAGACCGCUCUCUGCCCUGCAUGGACAACAACAAACACUGCAAACAGGACAACUGUGUCUACACUCCAAACUCUGGACAAGAGGACGCUGACAACGAUGGCAUCGGAGACCAGUGUGAUGAAGAUGCAGAUGGAGAUGGAAUCAAAAAUGUUGAGGAUAACUGUCGCCUGGUUCCAAACAAAGACCAGCAGAACUCUGACAGCGAUUCAUUUGGAGAUGCUUGUGAUAACUGUCCCAACGUCCCCAACAGUGAUCAGAAGGAUACUGACAGCAAUGGGCAGGGAGAUGCCUGUGACCAGGAUAUCGAUGGAGAUGGUAUCCCAAAUGUCCUGGAUAAUUGUCCGAAAGUUCCCAACCCAAUGCAGACGGACCGAGACAGAGAUGGAGUGGGAGAUGCCUGUGACAGCUGCCCUGAACUCAGCAACCCCAUGCAGACUGACGUUGAUAAUGACCUGGUGGGAGAUGUUUGUGACACCAACCAGGACACGGAUGGAGAUGGUUUGCAGGACAGCAGAGACAACUGUCCCGACAUCCCCAACAGCUCGCAGCUGGACUCGGACAACGACGGCCUUGGAGAUGACUGCGACCAUGAUGAUGACAACGAUGGCAUCCUUGACGAUCACGACAACUGCAGACUUAUUGUCAACCCCAACCAGAAAGACUCUGACAUGAAUGGCAUUGGCGACGUCUGUGAAAACGACUUUGACAACGAUGCAGUGAUGGAUUUGUUUGACGUUUGUCCAGAGAGUGCUGAGGUCACUCUGACAGACUUCAGAGCCUAUCAGACGGUGAUCCUUGAUCCUGAGGGCGAUGCCCAGAUUGAUCCCAACUGGGUGGUGCUGAACCAGGGGAUGGAGAUCAUCCAGACAAUGAACAGCGACCCAGGUCUCGCUGUGGGCUACACAGCAUUUAAUGGUGUUGACUUUGAGGGAACAUUCCACGUCAACACUGUCACCGAUGAUGACUAUGCUGGUUUCAUCUUCGGCUACCAAGAUUCAUCUAGUUUUUAUGUGGUGAUGUGGAAACAGACAGAGCAGAUGUACUGGCAGAGUCUGCCUUUCAGAGCCAAUGCCCAGCCUGCCCUGCAGCUCAAGGCAGUGAAGUCUGUGACAGGUCCUGGUGAGUUUCUGAGGAACGCCCUGUGGCACACUGGAGACACAACAGGAGAGGUGAAGCUGCUGUGGAAAGACCCCCGAAACCUAGGCUGGAAAGACAAGACCUCGUACCGCUGGCAGCUCAGCCACCGGCCACAGGUGGGCUACAUCAGGAUGAAGCUGUUUGAGGGGACUGACCUCGUGGCUGACUCCGGCGUCGUUACUGACACCACGAUGAGAGGUGGCAGACUCGGUGUCUUCUGCUUCUCUCAGGAAAACAUCAUCUGGUCUAACCUGCGCUACCGAUGUAACGACACGGUGCCUGAAGACUUCCAAUCUCAUCGUAAACAAGUCCUGAUGCACGUUCAGGUCUGAGAGCUGAAAGACUGUAUAUGUAUAUACACAAACAAACACACAGAUGAGCUCCUCUGAAUCCAUGUCAACUGUAGUUUGAAUGUUUUGUGUGAGUGCUUAUAUGUGUUUAUAUGUGUGUUUGUGUGAGUGUGUGUGUAUAUUUGUGUGUAUGUGUGCGUGUGUGUGUAUUGUUGUUGAGUUCAGUUUAACCAAAGAACAAACAUGGAACACCUUUAACAGCUGAACUAAAAGAUGAAAGCUGAUUGGCUAGUGUUACAGCAAGAGGUGAAAACAGCAGACUGUACCUUUAAAUGUUCUGUACAUAUCUUUGUUGAAAUAAACUCAGUCAUGACUUUUCUUAAA